CAGCUUUAAUCUGCUGGAAGGUCACAUGAUAACAGAGAGACCUGCUGCUCGUCCAAUCACAACACAGACUGAACUACCGACCAGCUAACGAAGCAGCCGGAGGACGGAGAUGAAACACAGGAGCUCAGUGGAGGAACGACCAUGGAGGGAACGUUAACGGACUCAUUAACGGACUCAUUAACGGACUCAUUAACGGACUCAUACUUCCCCGUCGGUCUGGAUGAGACCCGUCAGGACGUCGUCUUCUUAUCGGUGGACUCUUGGAUCAGAUAUCUCCUGAUUUAAAUCACUGUUACAGGUUUUUAUUCAGACUCACUUCCUGUUUUAAAGUGAAAGUGAAAGUUCUGAUAUCACUCAUAUCAGCUGAAUAUGAUUUAACCCUCCGGAGAUCAGAGUUCAGUCCUACUACUAAUAUCAGUUUAGUGUGCGAUGCAGGAUGCCGUCUUAAAGCUGGAAGCAGCUCUGCAUCCUCCAGUCACCUGCUGCUGUUAGUUUCUUCUUCUCAAAUCUGAAUCCAGCUAAAACGUUUGAAUGUUUUCUCCCACUUAGAAUAAUAUUUAGACUUCGGAGGGUUAACGUGACUCAGAGUCGUGACUUCGGAGGGUUAACGUGACUCAGAGCCGUAACUUCGGAGGGUUAACGUGACUCAGAGCCGUGACUUCGGAGGGUUAACGUGACUCAGAGCCGUGACUUCGGAGGGUUAACGUGACUCAGAGUCGUGACUUCGGAGGGUUAACGUGACUCAGAGCCGUGACUUCAGAGGGUUAACGUCACUCAGAGCCGUGACUUCGGAGGGUUAACGUGACUCAGAGCCGUGACUUCAGAGGGUUAACGUCACUCAGAGCCGUGACUUCGGAGGGUUAACGUGACUCAGAGCUGUGAGUCGAGUGUCUUGAGUUACUCUGAUAGUAAUCGGAGCUGCUGGCUCCGGUGUCUGUCAGUAUCUGGAGGGGACAAGGUCCACAGGUGUUUAUCAGCUCUGUGACGGGCGGAGUCGGUACAGAGGUGAAGCAGGUGAAGCAGGUGAAGCAGUGAGACGGAGGAUUAUAGAGACUGAACACAGCAGCAGGAUUAAAACAUCCGAUGAGCUCCGUUCAGUCCUGCUUCUUUAAAUCUACGAGGAUGUGAAGGAGUUCUCAGCUGGACCGGACCGGACCGGACCGGACCGGACCGACCUCGUCUCCAGCUGCUCGGGUUCAGAUACGAUGGAGCCAAACAUCCACCUAGAAUAACCUUCAGACUGAGCGGUACCAUCCAGGUGAACUGGACCCGUAGGACGGGGUCAUGUACGUUCUGUGCACCCUGGCGGUCCUGACCCUCCACAGUCUCCUCAAGCGCUGGAACAACAACGGCGUGGAGCCCGGAGAGAGCUCGGAGGCCGCGGGGCAGCGAGGUCAACCGGAGGAUGGAGGUGUCCCUGAGGCGUGGGGGGCGUCCGGGUCUCGGGGCGGCUCAGUGAAGACCGCGGUGGACCGAAGAGGACCGAGGAGCUGCAGGGCUGAAGGGAGGCGGAGGCGAGGAGGCGGCGGCGUACACAACGUCCCCGACAGCAGGAAGCGAGUUCAGCCGGUCCAGCGGUCCAGCGCUCUGCUCAGCCCGGCGGUCAUGUUCAGCACAAGAAAGACCUGGGACCUCGGCCACGCCCCCCACCUGCAGGAGCUCUGGAAGAACGACCUCUCAUUGGACGCAAGCUCACUGGACUUCCUGAUGAGUGAUGGUGAAGACGACGGCUCCUUCCUGUCUCUGCCAACCGCCGCCUUCUUGCACCGCCCCUCUCUGACCGCAGAGCUGUCGGAAACCAACGCACCCAACCAGCAGCUGCUCAUCCAGAGGGUCACCUGGUCCUGCUGGUGGACUCCUGCCAACACUCUACAGGAUAAAGUCUGUGAGUUUCAGACUCGUCUUCGCUCUGAAGAAGUCACUCGCCUCGUGCUGCUCCAGCAGCUGCAGCAGCAGAACGUUCAGGCGACGCCGUCUGCUCCGCCCAACGGUGUGAGGGCGUCGCAGCCUGGUGAACAGAUCUCAGAUCGUCUCAGUUGUCCAGAAGAAGAGCAGCUCGUUACUCGGCUGCGCAGACAGGUUGAGGAGCUGGAGGACAAGCUGUUGAAUCAGACUCAGGAGGUGGAGAGACUUCGCUCUGAACUGGGGGCGACAGACCUGGAGAAGCAGCUUCAGCUGCUGCUGGAUGAGAACCAGCGUCUGAAACAGGAGCUGAAGUCAUGCAGGAGACCAGAGAACCUCCACACUGCUGCUGGAGACAGCUGCUGCUCCCACAGACAGGAGGUGGACUCCCUCCAGAGGGAGGUGUCUCGCUGGGAGAACCAGGCCCGCCAGAGGGAGCGACGGCUGGCUGAGCUGGAGCGGGAGCUGCUGGACAAAACCUCCAGAGUGGACGGUCUCCGCCGGCAUCUGGACGAGUCCACCCGGCAGCUGGAGGACGGCCGGAGGACGCUGGAGGACGGUCGGAGGACGCUGGACGAGUCUAGGCGGCGGCACGGCGACGCCGAGCACAAACUCACCCUCCGGCUGCAGGAGUGUGAGGAGGAGCGCGCCAGGCAGGCAGCCACGCCCCCCAGAGUCAAGUAUGUGACCCAGACGGUGGAGGUGGAGUCAGCUGACUCUCACAGAGCGCUCGCUGAGCUGCAGUCGAAGAACGCCGGCCUGCAGGAGCAGCUGAGUGUUCAGAGGCAGCUGCUGAGAGAGCUGGAGACUCAGCUGCACGAGUCCCAGAGGACCUGCGCUCAGCUCAGGACUCAGAUCCUGGUGUAUGAAGGGGAGGUGGCGAGAGCUCAGGGUCAGCUGGAGGUGGAGAUGCAGAACCUGGAGGAGGAGAAGAACCGCGUGAUCGAGGAAGCGUUCAUCAGAGCCGAGAGCGAGAUGAAGGCCGUCCACGAGAACCUGGCAGGAGUGCGUAUGAACCUGCUGAGUCUGCAGCCGGCCCUCCGGACUCUGACCUGUGACUACAACAGUCUGAAGAGGCAGGUCCAGGAGUUCCCCUUCAUGCUGGAUAAAGCUAUCAGCGAGGCCAAGCAGGAGAUCUGUCAGGUGAUCAGUGAGGUGAGCUGCACCAAUCAGGAGCUGCUGCGUAAAUACAGGAGAGAGAUGAACCUGAGGAAGAAAUGUCACAACGAGCUGGUUCGACUGAAAGGUAACAUCCGUGUGUUCUGCCGCGUGCGUCCGGUCAGCCAGGAGGAGCAGGACUCCGCCGCCAUGCUGAGCUUCGACUCGGAUGACGACGCCGUCCUCUACCUGUCCAACAAGGGCAAACUGAUGACCUUUGACCUGGACAGAGUCUUCCCUCCUCAGGCCUCACAGGAAGAGGUGUUUCAGGAGGUCCAGUCUCUGGUCACUUCCUGUAUCGACGGCUUCAAUGUCUGCAUCUUCGCCUACGGCCAGACGGGCUCCGGGAAGACCUACACCAUGGAGGGCGUGGAGGACGACCCCGGCAUCAACCAGCGAGCUCUCCGCCUGCUGUUCUCUGAGGUGACGGACAAAGCUCCAGACUGGGACUACCAGAUCUCUGUCAGCAUGGUGGAGAUCUACAACGAGACGCUACGGAACCUGCUGGGGGAGAACCCGUCCGACAAGCUGGACAUCAAGAUGAACCCCGACGGCAGCGGACAGCUCUACGUCCCCGGACUGACCGAGUUCACCGUCCAGAGCCCCGAGGACAUCAACAGGGUGUUUGAGUUGGGUCACAUGAACAGAGCGACGGCGUGCACCAACCUGAACGAACACAGCUCUCGUUCCCACGCUCUGCUCAUCAUCACCGUGUCUGGACUCAACAACGCCACCGGAAACCGCACACAAGGUAAACUGAACCUGGUGGACCUGGCGGGCUCGGAGCGGAUCGGUAAAUCGGGCGCAGAGGGCAGUCGCCUCCGAGAAGCUCAGUGCAUCAACAAAUCUCUGUCGGCGCUCGGCGACGUCAUCAACGCGCUGCGGGGAAAACACUCCCACGUUCCCUUCAGGAAUUCCCGUCUCACCUACCUGCUGCAGGACUCUCUGAACGGAGACAGCAAGACCCUCAUGAUGGUGCAGGUGUCUCCGCUGUGCAGUAAUCUGAGUGAGUCGGUGUGCUCGCUGAAGUUCGCUCAGCGUGUUCGCAGCGUGGAGCUGAGCAGCUCGUCUUUGUUCACCAGGAGACACGAGAACUCGUCCACGUCGUCCUCGCCAACCCACGACAGCGUGGAGCUGGACUCCCCCCCGGUGACCCCCGUCCCUCUGCCCAUCUCUCGGGCCAGCAGCGCCGGCUCAACCCUCUCCACCCUCUCCUCUACCUCCAGAACCCCCAGCAGCACCCGCAGGAGGUCCCAGUCCCAGCUCUCCACUGACAGACAGGUAGACAGAGCCAGCCCAUUGGUGGGGGACGGUGGGCAGGACGACUGAAGCUGACGGCCUGAGUGACCCGGAGAGGAUGCCGUGGGGACGUCCGGGUCUGGCGGCGGGGUGUCUGCCAACACUCUGAGGCUUCUUCCUGCUGGGACGCCACCUCCCUCCGUCAGGAGGAGCAAAGCCUGAUGGGAACUUUACCAGAUGGAUCUCAGAUCACAGACUCAGAGAGAACACGGCCCAACGGUUCUAAAGGUUCUCCAGGGCCGCUCAGCUGGACUCACUUUAUUUACAGUAUAUAGUACCAGUAUCAGUAUACACAGUACCAGUACACACAGUACCAGUAUACACAGUACCAGUAUACACAGUACCAGUACACACAGUACCAGUACACACAGUACCAGUAUAGGUUUUCCAAUCCCAGUAUUUCUUUUGUUUCUUUGUAAAGUUGCACUUUAAGUUGAGAUGAUUUUGGACCCACAGAUGUUCCAGAUGUGGUUGAUUUAUAAUAUAUUGAUGACAAUGUUUUAUAUUUAUGUUUGACGGCUUUAAUCUGCAGUUCUUCUGAUUGAUUCUCUUCCUGGUCAGACGGUUCAUUAACAUUUACAGAGGAGGACGUCUCUCCGUGUCCUCGCGGUCCUCUUUUAUCCAAUCAGGGUGCUCCAGCGGUACCGAGCUGUCCGAUCAGACAGGAUCUCCGUCUCGCGCUGACGGAGCUUCGUCUUCCUUCAGCUCAGAGAGACGCUCAGAUCCGCCGCCGCCUCCGUAGAAAAAACAGACGAAGGUGACCUUUGACCUCAGACAGAAGAGAUCCACAGGUGACCUUUGAUCUCAGACAGGGUCAGGGUUAGUAGUUAGUGGUAGUCGUAGUAACAGGAAUGCUUAGUAACGCUAUGAGCUGCCGUGUCGUUGGCUGGAGGUCAACAUGUUCUGCUUGCUUCGUCUCGCUGUAGAGCUGCUCUUCUUUUUGUAUUUUCCUUUUUAAUAAAUAAACAUCCAAAUGAAA